ACAAAACGUGUAUAUGUCUAAGUAAACAUUUUGGGAAGGCAUUGUAGCAGAAUGAUCGACUGGGUACUACCCUGGGUACUAGCCUGCUGACUUCAAAUCUGACAGCGUUGUACCGACUGGAAUAAGGUUUGACGCCCAAGUUCCCCUUUCUGCACUACGUUGAGUUGGCGUUCUGCCAGAGACUGGCGCACGGGUCGGUUAGAACUAGGGCGCUGGGAUAUACCACAGUAUAUACAUAGUGGCAUGGACAGUGAAUGGUUGUGUAACUACACAGCUCUUCACGCUGGAACAGUAGCACCACGUCGCAGGGAUUAAUAAGCUUUUGCGAUAAAAUUAUCUUCAUCAGCAUUAUCAACUGAAACGAAGGAGAACACAUUUUACGAUAAACCAUGACAGCAUAGUGAUUCGAUGAUGGCUCAUGGACUCGAACAGCUAAAUGAUGACUGCACUGUUGUGGCGGUCACUAGAACAAAUAAUCGGCAACCUGCAAAUCCACACAAAGUUAAAAACCCGGAUGGGCACAUUCUCUGUAAGAUAUGUGGCGAUAAAGCUUCUGGCUACCAUUAUGGUGUCUUCUCGUGCGAGGGAUGUAAGGGUUUUUUCAGAAGAACGGUACGACAAAAUAUGGUCUACAAGCCAUGUGAGAAUCCGAACGGAUGUCUAAUUAUGCGCAUUAGCAGGAAUCGAUGUCAAUAUUGUCGUAUGAAGAAAUGUAUUACUGCUGGCAUGUCACACGAGGGCGUGCGGUUAGGUCGAUGCCCUAAAAAGGACAAGCCAUCAAAAACGAAGUUCUUCAAGUUGCCUCAGACAUCACACGGCUCUGUAGAUGUCGAUAAGCAGAUCAAAUCGGAACAGAUGGUACUAACGAUCCACGACGCCUUCAAGGCAGCUUUCAGGUCAUUUGAAAUAUACUGCGCAAGGUUCAGCUCAUGUCAGAAUACAACAACGGUUACAACGGAAUCAGCGGCAAAGGCUGUAUAUUCCAGAUACUUGCCUGGAAUAGUGUUAUUCCAAACGGCUUUCGCGAGGGAGAUUCCCCACUUCACACAAAUGACAUUAGCGAGUCAAAGACACCUGAUCAAGGCUAGCAUUCUAGAGACAGCCGUUAUUCAUGGUAGCUUAAACGCUGACGUUUCAAACGGCGAGUGGAUAGAUAAUAAGCUACAAUUUGUGGUACCCCAACACUGUGAUCUUGAGAUUGGAAUACUAGGACAGUUAUUUCAGGAUAUGUACAAAGCAGCCAAAAAGCUCCAAAAGCUCGAACUCAAUGACGUUGAACAUUCCCUUCUUGCCGCCAUGUUGUUGUUCUGUUCAGAUCGGCCCGGGGUUGAGAACAAGUAUACACUGGAAAGAAUGGAGCAUGAAUUGUGUCUAUCCAUGAAAUGUCAGAUGCUAUUAAGUCAUGCGGACGAUUCUCUAGUGUUUCCAAAGACAAUUGAAGUGAUGACAGACCUGAGAUCAAUCACAACUAAAUUCUUGGAUGAAAUGUUAAAUGCACAGGUGGAAGUUGAAGAUACAUGAUGUCAGGUGACAAUUAAUUCGUCCUAUAACAUGACGCAACCCCAACCGGCAAACGUGUCACCAUAGAUAUGGAAUACUUCAUUUUUUGACAAAGACUGCCAGUAAUGUUUCACUUUCAAAAAAGAAGGUUGCAAUUUUGGGCCUUCUGGUGGCUAUCACCGGAAAUAUCAGUGUAUAUACAUACCUUGGGAUUAUGCUGUCAUGAUAUGCAUGCAAUUGAGCUCAGCUUGGAGACCAUUCCGAGAAAUGCGGAUUUAAAGUGGGGGAUAAAAUCACAAAUGGCCCUCUUUUUGAGAAAAUCUGCAGGUUUUUUUCUACAUUAUUUUGAUAUUUUGUUGUCACAAGGAAACUGCAAAUUAUAAAAAUGAGUAGGUCACCGUGACCUUGUUAUAUAUCGGCUUACUUAGGUCAACGAUUCUCUCUAUUUCGUGCCUAAAUACACAUUAGAUCUAUACAUUAAUCUUACAAAAUUGUAGAAAUAUGUAUCCUAACAUGAUCUCAUAAAAAUGAACAGGGGAAGGGGUUACUUUCAGCAUACCUUUUGAUAACAUUAUUUAUUCAUAAUCAAUAUUAUCUGUUGGCACAAAAGCCACACAACAACUGUUAUCUUUUGUUUAGAAAUGCAUCCACCUUUCAGAUAUAUUAGACCACAAUUUAACAACUGUCUGUAUACUUAAUGUUUGAUAUACAAGUAAGGGUACUUAAACGUUUAAUUCUGUUCAGUGCUUUGAACAAAUUCAGAAUCUUCUAUAGAGUGAAUGGAUGUACGUAACGAUAUUGUAUCAUUUUACGGUUUUGAUUGAUAUUUUGGCAAAUAUAAUUGGAUGUAUUACCAUCCACUGACAUACACCUUACACAUGUAUUGGGCAGAGAUCCUCAUAUUUGUGAAAUAUAAUUGUCUACAUUGACUUGCCUUCUAGUCCAGUAUGUAGCAGUUUUUACAUUCAAUGCCUGGCGAUUAAACUUGCAUUGUAGUAUCAGAGAGACUAAUAUAAAUAUAUAAAUAAAAAGUCUGAAGAAUCUCUUUGAAGAGAUGAAAAAACUAAAGCUCGAUGUUGAGAUUGUUUCUUUUUAUUGUCUCUGAUGUCGAGGAGGCUGGACUUAGGUGUUACUUUUCCGGCGGCGGCGGCGGCGGCGGCGAUGAUGACAACGUUAAAUUUUUGCGUUUAGCUCUGUUCUCAAAAAGUAUAAGUGCUACACCAACCAAACUUGGGCAUGCGUCUUAUAUACUUUACCUCAAUCCAUGUAUCAGUUGCUGAAUGUGCCCUACAUUUCGCGGUCCUGUGACUUUGACAGCAUCUUCAUCAAUGUUAAGUGUUUGCGUUUAGCUGUGUUUUAUGCUGUAUUUUGAACUUUAAAGUUUUAGACUAAGUAAAGUUGGACUGUAGUUCAUGCAUCAUAUGCUGUAUAUGGGCUAUAUUUCACAAUCCAGUGACUUUGUCAGCAUCUUCUCACUGUUAAGUUUUUGCGUUGCUCUGUUUCUUAAAAUGUAUAAGUGCUAGAACAACCAAACUUCGACCAUUCAUGCGUCUUGUAUUCAUAACCCGUGGAUUAUAAACCAUGCAUGAUAUAAUGAAUGUGGUCUACAUUUCCCGGUCCAGUGACUUUCACAGCAUCUUCCUCAAUGUAAAGCUUGUGCGUUUAGCCGUGUGUUAUAUGCUGUAUCUCAAACAUUUAAAGUGUUAGACUCAUUGAACUUAGACUGUAAGUUUCGGUGAUCACUACCAUCUCUAGGGUUACAACGUCAAUGUUUUAACGGAAUCAGACAACAAACAUGGCUGCAGUAUACUGGCGUCUGAUUGGUCGAAACUCAGAUAUCGUUCGAUUUUGCUCAAAUGUUAUAUGUAGGUGUAUUUUGUCACUGCAAACUCAGCCGCAGCAUCUGUUUUCUUAUUUGACAAAAUGGCCAGCUUAUACUGGCUUCUGAUUAGUCGAAAUUCAGUUAGGGUUCUAUUUCGUCAAUAUUCGGUAUGUAAGUAUAUUUUAGCAUUGCGAGUUCAACUGCGGCAUCGUUUUCCUGAUUUGACAAAAUGGCCACCUUAUACUGGCUUCUGAUUUGUCUUAAUUCGGUUAUUGUUCAAUUUCAGUCUUAUUUGGUAUGAACAUGUAUUUUGGCACUGCAAACUCAACCACGACAUUCAUUUUUAUUAUUUGACAAAAUGGCCACUGUAUAUUGGCUUCUGAUAUGUCGAAAUUCAGUUAUAGUUUGAUUUCGCUAAAAAUCGGUAUGUAAGUGUAUAUUCGCACCGAACUCAACUGCGGCAUCCGUUUUCUGAUCUGACAAGAGGGUCGUCGUACACUGACUUCCAUAUGAUUGGUCGAAAUUCGGAUCAAACUUACAAUGCUUGACACAUUGAAUCUUAUGAUCAAAGCGGGGACAGGCGAGACAUAUAAUAUACGUAUAUAUAGUUCAUAGCUUGCUUACAAGCCAAAUUCUUUUUAAUGUGCGAAAGUAUAUAUGUAAUUAUGUACUCAUUAGAAUUGUCUUAGAAGUACAGUACAUGUAAUACUUGUAUAGCUGACCUACUGUUUGACUAUCACACAUGCGCAUUCUACUCACAGAUAUAAGGACCUCAACCAAAAUGAUUAUAUUAGGUGCGUGUCUGUGGUGGUAAUGUAUCCAAUUAUUCUCAUCAAAACUUGAGAAGAAUAUAUUGCUUUUGAAUGCAGACAUUUUUUUCACUAUAGAUAAGUCUGAAUAAUGCACUGGCAGACACAGAGUGUUUUCAUUUUUUAAGAAGGUAGCGAGGCACACUUAUGUCAAAAUAUAUAAAAUAAAAGAAAGUACUAUUUUAUUCAGAUAUAUUUUUUAUUGUUGUUUAAUAUAUCUGAAACUCGGAAGCAUAAUGGGUAUUUAGUGUGCUAGUGUGCCUAAGUACACAUUACAACGGUCACAA